AUGGCAUCGGCAGCUGUGCGAAACGGCAGCACUGCCAGCGCCCUCAAUGGGGGCGUGGUAGGAAUCACACCUGCGUCACGGUUUGCCGACAUCCCCUCUGCGAUCGAUAUUCCCGUGUCCGGCGGGCUGGACGCCGAUGAAGCGGUCGAAGUCAAUCUCGAAGAUCACCUCGACGACCCUACGGAGCUCUGUCAACUCUUGGAGAAUGAGAAAGCUGCUAAAAAUCUAUGGAUCACAAUUGCUUUGGCAUACGCCAAACAGGCGCAAUUCGACCACGCAAUUGAAAUCUUGGUCAAGGGCAUGGGUUCUCUGUCAAGAAGCGGGCCCAAGGAACGUCUGAGCCUCCUGGCAUGUGUGGCCUGGUUGAAUCUUCUCAAGAGCAGACAAGCCCCCCGUGUAUUGCCAGAAAAUCCAACCUCGAGCGACGUGAAAACCAAAGACCAUUAUCUCCGAGAAGCCACCGCCGCGAUCAACGAUGCCCUUCGGAUCAACCCUGCCUUCCCUCCACUGUAUCUCACCAGAGGCGUUCUCUUCCUCCUUCGAGCCUCUUUGCAAGCCUCAACCAAGGCUGGGUCAGAUGCUGAAAGAGCCGAAUCUCUUAAACAGGCACUAAAAUGUUUCGAUGACGCACUGAGAGCCUCAGAGGGUCGCAAUAUGAUGGCAGCGAUUGGAAGAGCUAGGACACUCUAUUUGCAGAAGCAGUACGGUUCAGCAUUGCAGGUAUACCAAGAUGUGCUCGCUAAAAUGCCCGGUCUCACGGACCCUGAUCCUCGGAUAGGCAUUGGCUGCUGUCUGUGGCAGUUAGGAUACCAGGACAGGGCGAAGUUGGCUUGGGAACGAUCGCUGGCACUGAAUCCCGAUUCAAAAAUUGCACAUGCUCUGCUGGGGGUGUAUUAUCUCCACGAAAGUGCCAAGUACCCUGCGUCCGACCCCCAGUUCAACGCUCUUUACAAAAAGGCGAUGAUCGACCAUACAAAGAAAGCCUAUACUAUCGACAAGAGCUUCCCGCUCAGCUGUGCAACAUUUGCUAGCUAUUUCCUCCUGACUGGCCGCUACGAGACCGUGGAACCUUUAGCGCGAAAGGCCAUCGAACAGACCGACAUCAACGCGAUCGCUAGUGACGGUUGGUAUUUGUUGGCGCGAAAGGAGCAUAACAAAGGCGAUCUGCCAAAAGCGAACGACUACUAUAACAGAUCGGAUCAGGCACGAGGCGGAUUGGAUCGAGGCUACUUCCCUGCGAAAUUUGGUCUUAUCCAAAUCAUGGUCCAGACCCAGGACAUUCAAGGCGCCAAGUUUCGACUUGAAAACCUCUCUCAAAUCAACAGACAUGUGGAAGCCAUGACGCUGCUAGGUUGUCUAUAUGCUGAAGAGGCAUUCUCGACCCAGAGCACGGCGAGCAAAGAUGACAAACAAGCAACAGCGCGAAAGGCCAUACAACUGCUCGAGAAUGUUCGCAAGACUUGGAAGGACGAAAAGAUUCGGAACAAGCCCGACGAGUCGGUUCUGCUCUACCUCGCGCGUCUGUACGAGCUCGAAAAUCCGAUUGAAAGCCUAAAGUGUCUUCAGACAGUUGAACAAAUGCAGCUGGAGAAGAUUCCGGACGAGGACAAACCAGACCCAGCUGAGGAAGAAGCAACAUACAUUGCUCAGUUGCGCGAGAACCUCCCUCCGCAACUUUUGAACAAUAUGGCAUGCUUUCUAUAUGGGCAAGAGUCAUACUCCAUGGCUCGAGAGACAUUCCAGAUUGCGCUCAAUGCAUGCGUAAGACUCACAGAAAAGCAGGAGGCUGAAAAGAAGGCAGUGGAAGAAGAAAAGAUCAAUGCUGAGGAUGUCGACAACAGCGACACCGAUGCUUUGGUGACUACGAUUUCAUACAACCUGGCCAGGACCCUGGAGGCAUUGGGUCUUAUAGAGGAGGCUCAGAAGGUUUAUGAAGGUCUCCUUGCUCGACAUGCCGACUAUACAGAUGCUUCCGCGCGCUUGGCAUUUAUAGCCCUGGAAACAUCACCGCGAGAUGAAGGGCCACGAAAGAUCCACGCAGUGUACCAAAACGACUACGGCAACACUGAGGUCAGGGCCUUGAUGGGCUGGUACCACCAUAGUGCCAAGAAGAAGACUGCCAAUAUUGCAGAAGAUACCGAGAAUCGCCAUUAUAAGCACACCCUGCAAGGCUACGACAAGCACGAUCUUUACUCUCUCGUUGGAAUGGGCAACAUUCACCUCACAAUCGCAAGAGAUAUGCCCCGAAAUACGGACCAAGAAAAGGAAAAGCGCAGCAAGAUGUACGCCAAAGCGUACGAGUUCUUUGACAAAGCGCUGCAACUGGACCCCAAGAACGCUUAUGCCGCACAGGGAGUUGCGAUCGCUCUGUGCGAUGACAAGAAGGCAUAUUCCGAUGCUCUACAGAUAUUCACAAAGGUCAAGGACACGCUACGGGACUCCUCAGUGAACACGAAUCUAGGACAUGUGAUGACGGAACUUCGGCAGUAUCAACGCGCCAUCGACAACUAUGAGAUCGCCCUGAGAAAGGAUGGUAAGGGUGAAAACGCCCAGUUGUUGGCGUGUUUGUCGAGGGCAUGGUUGUUGAAAGGCAAGGCUGAUAGAUCCAUCCCUGCCUUGAACACUGCUCUCGACUACAUGAAGCGCGCCUUGGCCACUCAACCAGAUUCUCCCCAUCUACAGUUUAAUGUGGCUUUCAUUCAGUUCCAAAUUGCACAGCAUGUGAACCAGGCCAAGGAGACAGACCGAACACUUGAAGAUGUGGAUGCUGCCAUCACCGGCCUCGAGCAAGCCAUCGAAACCUUUGAACAAGUUGCUCGGCAUAAACAACCGCCAUAUCCCAGGACAGCACUUGAACAACGUGCUGCCAUGGGUAAAAAUACCAUGAGAAACCAACUGGAGCGCCAACGUGUGAGGCAGGCCGCUUACGAGACCGAGAAUGCCACCAAGCUCAAAGAAGCCAAGGAGAGGCGGCAGGAGGAGCUGCGUAAACGCGAGGAAGCGGCGAGAAGACGCCGACAGGAGGAAGAGGAACGCGCACAGAGAAUUGCAGAAGAACGGCGAAAGAUUGUCGAGGAGACGGAGAGAAUUGCCGAACAGAUUCGGGCUGAGGCGGCAGCAAGAGAAGCCGCCGAGUAUACGGACGACGAAGAAACCGGAGAGCGCGUGAGGCGGAAGAAGAAACCUAAGUCUGGGGGUAAGCGGAAGAAGCGAGACGAUGAAGAUGGAUUUAUUGAAGAUGACGAAGAUGGGAAGAGUGAACGAAGCGUAUCGCGCACUCCAAUGAGUGGAUCAGACAAUGAAGCUCCAGCGGAAAUGCCAAAGAAGAAGAAGCGAAGGUUGGAGAGGAAGAGCGCGGCAAGAGAGACUCCACGGCGAAAGAGCGACAAAUUCAAGUCUGCGGCUGUUGUGGUGGACUCGGACUCUGAACUGGAAGACGAAGCAAGCGCUGUUGCGACCCCAGAAGAAGCCACCGCCGAUACACCUGCAUCUGAAGUUGCUGAUCUGGAUGAAGAGAUGCAAGGGUUACGCGACGAGCCAGAAGGGGAUGAUCAGUCUCAACCGAAACCGCCGCCUAGACAACGCAAGCAACUACGCACUAUUGCCGACGAUGACGACGACGAGGACGAGGAUGAGGAUGCUUUCAAUGCCGGCACCAAUGGUCAUGCGGACUCGGCGGGAGUGUCUACUGAAGCCGGUCUUGAAGAUGAUGACGAGUAG